AUGAUGGCAUCCAACAAGGAGUCCACGCAGGCCAUUCACAGAGAAGCCGUAGGCCCAGACUACGUAUCCAAAAACCGUAAACCGGAGGCCACAGUCUCCACCGCCGUCUCGUUCCCAAAUGUCCAUAUCCUCGCCCAGACGCCGCAGUUGAUUGCACUGCUGACGAUAAUCAGAGAUGUCAACACAGACCGAGCUGACUUCAUCUUCUACUCUAACCGCAUCAUCCGCCUGCUGGUGGAGGAGAGCUUGAACCACCUUCCAGUCAUUGCGCAUGAGAUAAACACGCCUGUCGGACGGAGCUAUGCCGGUGUGAUGUUCCAAGGGAAGAUCUGUGGUGUGUCGAUUAUGCGGGCUGGCGAGGCCAUGGAGCAGGGCCUCCGGGAUUGCUGCCGCUCGGUGCGCAUUGGCAAGAUUCUGAUCCAGCGAGACGAGGAGACGUGCAUGCCGAAGCUUUUCUAUGAUAAGCUGCCGGAGGAUAUCGGUGAUCGAUGGGUGCUUCUCUUGGAUCCUAUGUUCGCAACAGGGCGCUCUGCAACGAUGGCUGUGGAUGUCCUCAAGUCCAGGGGCGUCCCGGAAGACCGCAUCUUAUUCGUUAACCUAAUUGCGAGCCCGGAAGGGAUCAAUGUCUUUGCAAAGAAAUUCCCCAAGCUCAGGGUCGUUACGGCAUUCAUAGACCAGGGAUUGGACGAAAAGAACUAUAUUGUCCCCGGCCUGGGAGAUUUUGGGGAUCGAUUUUAUACGCUUUAA